GGAAGGAGAGAAAGGGAGGGGGAGGGGCUGUGGAGUGCGUCAGUAGUUGUGACUCUCAUAUAAGCGGCUGCAGAGAGGCAGCGAGAGACCAGACAGACAGACAGACAGACAGAAAGAGGGCUUGUACAAAUGCAGCCCAUAGUCUCGUUGGAACGCUCUGUAGCCUAGACGGAGGACUGUUUUCAGCUGUCGUGUAGCUGCCUGUCUCUGUCCUACGGACCUCACUGCCAAGGGUAGAACCUGAGAGCUAUCGCUAACGUUGCUACCUCUGGAUCUGGGCUAGCUGCUCAGUAGCUAACUGGUUCCGGCUUGGACGUCACUGGACGUUUUUUUGGGGGGUUCUUCAUUUGGCCAGGACUGCAGGCUUUUGCAGCUCUCUUAGUGGGGUGUGGACUGUACAAACAGAGAGAGAUAGAGAAGAGAAAAGGGGAAUUUGAAGAGAGGAAUAAAAGAAGAGGAAGAUUCUGGAGAGGAGGAAGUAAGGGAAACAGGAAAAGGAAGGAUUUUUUUUUUUUUUUUGUGGGAACGAGAUCUCCCUCAACCCUCACGCUGGGGAAGGCGGUGCAACCCCCCCACACCUGUCAUCUUCAUCCCCGCCCCUCCUCGCAAACUCUGACCUCCCGCAUUAUCAGGUGGAAAGGCCUCUGCCUCCCUGCCCUUCCCAUCAUGCACCUCAAGACCACCAAGUGUAACGCCUUCUGCCUGGUUGCCUCGGUGACCAACCAGGAAGUGUUUGACAGGCCUGAGUCCCGGGCCAGUUUUGAGUCUCUGUUCCGCUCCUUCGAUCCGGACGUAAACUUCCAGUUCUUUAAGAGUUUCCGGCGUGUGAGAAUCAACUUCAGCGAUGCACUGGCCGCCGCUGAGGCGCGGCUCCGACUGCACAAGAGCGACUUCAACGGCAAAGAGAUGCGCCUCUACUUCGCACAGUCCGUCCUCAUAGGCAGUCCCCGCCUGGAGCCCCCCAAACCGGACAAACAGUUCCUGAUCUCCCCCCCAGCCUCGCCACCGGUGGGGUGGCAGCAGGCCCCGGAUGCUGUGCCCGUCAUAAACUACGACCUUCUCUGUGCCAUCUCCAAACUAGGGCCAGGUGAGAAGUACGAGCUCCACAGCGGCACCCCCACCACCCCCAGCGUAGUGGUCCACGUGUGUGAGAACGAGCAGGACAGCUCGGGGGGCGAAGACGACGCAGAGGGAAGCACCAGCAGCAGCAACCGCCCCCCUCGCCCCAAAAUCAUCCAGACACGACGUCCGGACAUCACCCCCGGCAUCAUGCAGUGAGCGGCAGAGAGGGGGCGCUCUAACAUCAUAACAUCCACAAAGCAUGUCUCCUACAUCUGCCUCUGAGAAGUCGACGACAGCUUGGCCCUGAGAGGGUGCUGCUUGGAACAUGUGAUACAUCCUCUCUAACACUAGGGGGAGACACCUCUCAAAGCCCUGCCUUUUCAUGGAGAGAAAGAAAGAGGAAAAGAGAGCGAGGAGACAUAUUCAUCUCUUAUCAUUUCACACAAGUUUUCAUUUCUCUUUCGUCCUCCAUUUUGAACGAAAUUAGACUCUUGAGAAAAAGAUAAGUAGAUAGAGAAUAAAGAGAAAGGGAUGUUUUGAAUAUCUUUUUUUGCAGUUUUCUUUUUAAUGUCCUCAUUUGCUUUGGAACCAUUGUAUAUGUUCAUGGUCAGGCAUGGUAGUGUGAGAGAGUGAUGUGGUAGUCCUCUCUAGAGAGACAUGGGGGGGGAUCAACUUUCUUUGGAUUCAUUGUGACUUGUAAUUCAGGACCCCGUAACAAACCCUGUCUAUAGACUCAUUUCAUACUGUGUACUGGAUCCAUCAUUUUCUUGUCUAUAAGAUGUCUGCGCAUGCUGCAGUGGAGGCAGCUGAAAGGAGGACGGCUCAUAAUAAUGGCUGAAACUGCGCGAAUGUCAUCAAACUAUGUGUUUGAUACCAUUCCACCUAUUCCGCUCCAGUCAUUACCACGAGCCCAUCCUCCCCAAUUAAGGUGCCACCAACCUCCUGUGGUAUGCAGCCGUCACUAGCUCAGUGAUUUACAAUGUUUCACUCAUCAAGGAGUACAAAUUACAUUCUAUUUAAUGACAUCACAAUAUACCUAUUAUUCAUUAAUAUUCUAAUUCCUAAUGGCCUUUACUCUAGGCCUAACAUCUGUAAAAAGAACACUUCAGAGUAACUUUCUUAGAAUUCACUCCUUGACAUGUUAAUUUGCUAUGGAAGGGACUUAUCAUUCAAUAAUGUGUCUCCAAAAAUGACACAUCUGCUUUCAUAGCAUUGAGAUAUGUUACUGUAUGUUAAUACAAACUCCCCUCCUAGUUCAUCCUCCUUUGAUUAACAGAAAUGGCUGCCAUAUCAUGGUGAUCACACAGGGCAGGGAUGGCCUCCUGCAUGGGUCUUCAUAGCUUACUGUACAUUUUUGCUGCGCAUCUUCCUGGCCAGUAUGGCUUGUCUCACUUGAAUUACGCCGCUAUUUUGGGGCCGACUGGGGGGCAUUAGGGCUCUGAACUGUACAGUUACUGUAGGAGGUUUGGUUGUGUGCGCUGCAGUCAGAGAGGGGGGUUGUUUUUCAUAGGUUGUUGUUGGAAGCUUGUGUAGAUGCACUGUGAAUGUUUAAUGCAUGCGCCAUCACAGCACAUUUGGAAUGACAUUAUCAACCCUAGCGGUUUGGGGUUUCAUUAGCCGAUUUAGCUACUUUUGUACUCUGAACUAUUGAGAUUCAUUAUUAUACCUUGAAUAAUAAUCUUGUGAGUUAUCAUGUAAUAAAGACUUCACCUCUAAAGUCA